UUAACCGUUGGUUCACCGCUUUUCAAAUGUUCCAGUGAGCGCAUAUCGAUUCCAGCACGAGAAAGUUAACCAUCGGCUUUGUACGAGCUGCUUGUCAGUUACGUCUUCUUCGUUCGAAAUAAUCUGUUACAAUUAAUAGAUAACAUGGACUCCGCUAUUGUUCAUCUCGAACAAAGUGUACAAGAAGCUGACGGAAAGCUGGACAUGAUCGCAUGGAAAAUUGAUGCUUUCGAAAAAGAGUUUGAAGAUCCAGAAAGCGAGAUCUCUGUGCUUCGUCUAUUACGGUCUGUUCAUCAAGUUACAAAAGAUUAUCAGAAUCUUCGGCAAGAAAUAUUGGAAGUUCAGCAGUUACAAAAGCAACUUUCAGAUUCCCUUAAAGCACAAUUGUCUCAGGUACAUGGACAUUUUAAUUUAUUGCGCAAUAAAAUAGUAGGACAAAAUAAAAAUCCACAAUUAAAAUAAGAUUAGAACAUUAGUUAUUUUUUCAAUUAUUUCCUGAGUUAUAUUUAAUUUAAUUUACAAAUUCCUUUAAAUCACAAAUUUUUUGUAGGUACUAUAGUGAUAUUAGUAGAAUGUAUUAUAAAAGUAUCCGGUGUUCUUGUUAGUAUCAACAAAAUAAUAUUGAGGAAAAAAACAAUAGGCAAACAGAUUUUGUCUUUGUUCGAAUUUACUAAUUAGUAAAACCAUCAGCAUCUAUGACCUUAAAUUUCAAAUGUUUUCCAAUUAAUUUAUAACAUGUAUUUAUUACAAGACACUUGUAGUAAAUAUAAUCAUUUAAUCUAUGUUAUGGUAUAAGUAAUAGGUAUAAAAAAUUAUAUGUUGGACAAUGAGAUACAAGUUAAUAACAUCAAAAUAAUUUAAUUGCAAUUUUUACAAAGGCAGCUAAUACCACAAUAUCUUCCAAUGAAAAUUUGUCUUGCCAUAAACAUUUGAGAAGAUUUGAGAAAGACUAAGUUGUAAAGUAUAUUGAAAUGAUCUUUUAAAUGUUUUGAUAUAUUUGUAUAUAAUAACUAAUGCAUAUUAGUUAGAUGAAUUAUAUACCUAUGUGAUUGAUUCAUUAUUGUUAUAAUAAUUUAUUUUUCGACCUUAUUACUUACUUCAUAAAUAGUAUGGGAUCAACAGAUAUUGUCGACAAAUAAUUUAUUUAACUUCCUAUGUAAGUGAGUUAUUGGGGGCCAAUCUAUAUGCUUGUAUAUCCAUGGAAAACAAUGGAACAAAUAAGAUUUGAAAAUAUUUUCUUUUUUAGACAAAUAUGAAAUGGAUCAAUGUUUAAUUAUAUAAUUACAUUUAUGAUACAUUUAUAGUAAAUAUACAUAAUAAAUUAUAGUUUUAAUUAUAUUUUGCAAAAUUUAUUAAAGAACAAGCUUAAGUUAUGAAAUAAUUUAAGUUAGUAUGAUAUUUGAAAAGUUUUUAAAUAAUGAAAAUCAAAAUUUAAAAAAUAUUUUAUAAUUUAUCAUCUAUGUAGAAUUCAUGAUUAUAGUGCCAAAUUCUAUUUAUAUCAAUUAGGAUGUAGAACUGUGAAUAUACAUCUAUAAUACUUAUAUACUGAGUGACAGCAUGAUAAUAUCUAUGUUUAAAACUAACUAUAUUCAGUUAUAUUUUAUUAUUAUAUUCUUUCAAGAAUCUAUAUGAUACUCUCAUUGAAUCUUUUGUAAGUGAUUAAGAAUUUUACUUCUUUGUAUUUGUUAUAUAAUCAAAUUGUAUAAAUUAAUUAAUAUGUUUUCAUACAAAAGGAAAAAGAGCAAGUAAAUUUCUGAUAAUAUUUAAUUAUGCAAAAUUAUACUUUUUGCAUUGUGAACAACGUAUAACUAUCGUAUAUUUACUAUAAUCACCCUGUAUGUAGUUGAAGUAUUUCCUGCAACAAUAGUUAAAUUAUUCUUACAUUCAAAAUAUAUACAACUGAGAAGUUUACUCUUUAUAAUCAGUAAGUAAUUUCAUUAUUUUAAGGAAUGACUUAUGUAUACAUAAGUGACACUUGUUAUGGUUUUAUAAAUUUCUGUUUUUAAUAAAUAAAUUUUAUUGUAUAUAUAUGUAUGUGUAUAGAGUAGGAAAAGUGGCAAGCAUAUUUUAUGACACAAGGAAUAAAGAGAGAAAUGUGCAAAGCCAGUUGCAUAUAUUAAAGUAUGAAAAAUGAAAUUGCCUUAAGACACAGAUGUGCAUUCAAUGAACUACGUGAACUGUGUUGGACUUACACUUUACUAUGAUGUAUGUAAAUCAAAAAGUCUGUUAUUUAGUAAUGUAUAAGCACAACAAGCACACUUUUAUACAUCUUGAUUGGUCAAUUACGUGCAUUUCAAGAAAAUGUUUUAGUCCUCUUCGUAAUAUGGAAUUUGUGUAAGUUAAUUAUAAAUUUAGUUUGCAGUUAUAAGUCUUAAUAUAAUUAAUACAUGUCACAUUAUAUUUUUAUCUUACUGUUAAUUGCUCUUCAUUUUCUUUCUUUUUCAUGUUUUAAAAAGCAGAUAAGAACAAGAAAAUCUGUGAGUGUUCACGUGGCAUUUUCUUGAAUGGAGUAACUGAGUUUCAUGAUCAUAAAGUUGCUAGCUGUUCACAUAAAAAGCAGUUUUCUUCAAAUUUAAAGCAAGUCGAUUACCUAUUAAAUGUAAUCACUCUUUGUGAGAAACUCCUCUAAGUCAAUACUAAUGAUUCAGAAAGAAAAAAGAUAUUUGUGAUACUCAGUGACUCGCACGUUUAUCAGAGUUCAUUUAUAUUUCAGUUAAUCAAUCGUGUAUCUAGUUUCAAUUGCUCUACAGGCAACGUAUUAACUGAAAAUAUAAAUCAACUUCUAGAUUGACCUCUAGCCUUUAUCUAAGCAAUUAGAUCUGGUCUAUAUCGGAAGUAUAUCGAUGCAUACACGUACACGUACAUGUUCGGUAGUGAUAUCAGUCACAGUCACGUGUUAUAUUUUUAUUGUUGUAGCACGCGGUAAUAAAAAUGAAAUUAUAACUCUUUCCAUAAGUCACAAUGGUGCAUUACAUCGACCGUAAAUUUUUAAUAUUACCUUCGUUUCGAUACUACGAUGAACAUCGUUUGAUGUACAUCGUUCAGAAUUUCAAUGAUUGCGAUUUCAAUUUCGCCGCGAAGGCGCGAAACUGACUUCCGAAUUAAUAAUUUCAUUUUUUGAAAAAUAAGCGAAUUUCUUUAUAUUUGCAUGCUACAAAGAUGCAAUACGAAAGGUAAAUAUAUCUUUUGAUAUUUUAAUGCUGCAGAGAUAUAGAAUGGGACAAAAUUGAGUUUAAAUAUUGCUUGUGAAAAAUAAGUUUUUACAAAAUUAAUUACACAACAAUCGUGAAAUGUUAAUUCUUGAAAACGCGUGACUUUGAUUGUUUGAUCGAUAGUUUAAUACUCGUUAAAAUUGUUUUUUAGAAUAGAUGUAGAAAGUAAGUGAAGAGAAAAAUGGUCUGGAACACAUUCGAAACGUGCCAAAAAUACUUUGGUCAAUUAGCAUUAAAUAAAUAUAAUAUAUAUGUAUAUAUAUAUCUAUCGUUUCAUUUCAGUGUAAUUGAACGCAGAUUUCAGAGCAUCUGCUUUUCUGUAUGUAUAGUCUACAUAUCACAUUUUCACGAUUUUCGACGAUCUAUUUCACCUUUUUACUCGUGAUAUUUCUAAAGGGAAAGGAACGUUCAUUAGUUCUUUAUUUAAAAUUGACACGACUAAUCGUAACUGUGCAAGAGAAAAAAAAAAGUAGGGAGGAAAAUAAAAAAGAAUAUUGUAAUUAUGUAAAGGGAUUUGGUUAAAAACGUAGCAAGUUUUUAUCACUUGUUCGCUUGUUCUAAUUAUUAAAGAAUGUUUCGUUUCUCUUUUGUGAAAUGUGAAAAGAAUUAUUUAUAUUUAAGUAUUUCAUAUACUCCCGAUAAAAAAAUAGUCGAAUGGUAUUUUGGAACAAUAAAUUGGAAUUUGUAGUUUGUACAGCCGCGAAUAACUGAAUAUAUAGAAUGCGAUAGAAUGAGCUGCGUUUUUAAUUAAAAGCCUUGCAUACGUGUUUCUACAAAUGUUACAAAUGAAACUUUAAUGCAUGUUGCACGCUUAGACACAAUAUGAAUAUGGUUAAUCGAUCAUUAUUAAAUACAACUUCUUUAUUGUUUAUUCAUGGAAUACGCUUUCAUGUGGUUCGUAAAAUUGUACAAUUUCGAUUCCAGUCUGUAUUCGUUAAUAAUCAAUUAAAUGAUUAGUUAGAAUAAUUAUAUCUCAGUAGUUACAUUAAUGGAAAUGGUAUACAAUAAAAUAUUAAUGCAAUAUUUUUGGUAAUUUUGAUCAAUUAUUGUUAUUUGUUGAAGUUUCUCAUUCAAUUUUAGGGUAAGAGUAUUUUAUUUCUAAUAAAUAAGAGCAAUAUAUUAGAAGCUCCAUAAAAGUAUUUGUUUUAAUUUUUCAGACUGGAAUUAAGUAGCACAUAGUCCGAACCGAGCGUUGAAAUUUAUCAAUCGUUUACCGUUGUAUUAUACACGAUUGCUCAAACAUUUCGAUGUAUGUUAUACAAAAUUAAAUAACACGACAAAAAUUGUAUCUUUUUAGAUAUUUAUCACGCUAUUAUCUAAUAAAUUGUUAACUCCAUAGCAAAUCA